AUGUCUUUGCCAACUCAAACCACAUUACCCUCUCAAUACUCAUCAUCUCCUCAGCAGACCUCCCGAGGAUUCUCCGGUCCCAAAACACUAUCACGACCACAGAGCUUUGAUCAACCUCCUACCGCGCAACGAGUCAGCCACUCCCCGCAGCAGCAAACAACAGACGAUGUAGCUGGCGACACCUCAUCUCUACGCCCUGGUGAUGGGGAUCAUCAUGAAACAAGUUCCGCUUCGCAGCCAUCUUUUCAACCCUUCUUCACGCUCAUAGAGGAUGCCAACACCUCCGAAUACUACCACCCAGCAGUCCACUACAUCUUCUCCGACGACGACACAGACAUCGUAACGGAAGCAGCUCUACGCGCCCUAGAAAGAGAGCAAGAUAACUCUCCCGAUCCCUCAAAAGGCAAGGCAACGUCAGCGGACAAUCAACCGCCAGCGCAGCAGCAGGUCGCAGCGGGAAACGAAACUGCCCUCCCGGAGGACGAUGAACCCUCCAGCCCAAAGAAAGAACCCCUCCUACCCCCUCCGACUCCUGGCGUUUGCGACAACUACAUUAUCCUCGACAUGGAGCUUGCGAAUCCCGAUGAAGCGAAACACUUGAGCUCGGAUCCGGCACGUGGAGCCGGCACGGCCGGUAUGAGGUCCAUAUCCACCUCGCCGGUCGCUCAGGGGACACUCCUGCAGUCGCCUCCCCCACCACAUGGGUCCCCCCCGGCCCAGCCUCAAUUCAACGUUGUAUCCGCACAUAGCCUGACACCAGCGUGGCAAGUGCUCAGCACGCAAGUCGUACCAGCACCGACAUUCGACAAUAGUGCCUCAGGUGAGCAACCUUCAAUUGGUGGCUUGAUGCUAAAGAUCCGCGGAACCUCUGGUUUGCCUGUAACUAUGUUUGGAAAGGACAGAGACAAUGGGGGAGGAAGUCAACGACUGGAAGAUAUGAUGGAGCAGUUUGGGAAACGCCUGGGCGAGCUCAGGCAGGUUAUCGACGCUGGACAGCAGAUUCAGCCUACCCAGGAUGCCCUAUUUGAAGGGGAAGAAGUGCUAGGGGGUGUAGAUGCCAAUGCUGUUGUGGAUUCGAGCCCUCGUGAACAAAUGGAUGACCAUAGCAAUACCAAGAAUGAGACAGGCGACGACAGCAAUAUCUGA